AUGCCAAUUGCUGACUCGAGGAUGAUAUGGCAGCCUUUCACCAAGCUGGUCAAGAACUCGGCGUACUACAGUCGCUAUCAAACCAAGUACAAGCGCCGUCGUGUUGGAAAGACCGACUACUAUGCUCGCAAGCGUCUUAUCACCCAGGCCAAGAACAAGUACAAUGCGCCCAAGUACCGUCUCGUUGUUCGAUUCACCAACCGCGACAUUGUCAUCCAGAUCGUGACUUCCGAGGUCACGGGCGACAAGGUUUUCUGCUCCGCCUACUCCCACGAACUCAAGGCCUACGGCAUUGAGCAUGGCCUAACCAACUGGGCUGCCGCAUACUGCACUGGUCUCCUGAUUGCCCGCCGUGCCCUUAAGAAGCUCGGCAUGGAUGAGGAUUUCAGCGGUGUUGAGGAGGCUGAUGGAGAGUACACCCUCACCGAGGCUUCUGAAGGAGAGGGCCGACGGCCAUUCAAGGCCUUCCUCGACGUCGGGCUCCAGCGUACCUCAACCGGUGCCCGAGUUUUCGGUGCCAUGAAGGGCGCCUCCGAUGGCGGCAUUCUCAUCCCUCAUUCUGAGAACCGUUUCCCCGGUUACGAUAUGGAAACCAAGGAGCUCGAUCCCGAAACCCUCCGCAAAUACAUCUAUGGUGGCCACAUCGCCGAGUACAUGGAGACUCUUGCCGAUGACGAUGAGGAGCGGUACAAGUCACAGUUCCAGGGCUACAUCGACGAUGAGAUUGAGGCUGAGGGUCUGGAGGAGUUGUACCAGGAGGCUCACAAGCAAAUCCGCGAGGAUCCAUUCAAGAAGGCCGAGGGAGCUGGCGAGAAGAAGUCGAAGGAUGAGUACAAGAAGGAGUCGCUUAAGUACAAGGGCCACAAGUUGAGCAAGCAGGAGAAGAUGGAUAGAGUCAAGGCCAAGAUUGCCGAGCUCAAGGAGGAGUAG